AUGCCGCCCCCCAGACCAGCCACCGCACCCUCCGCCUCCGCCUCCGCCUCCGCCUCUGCCUCCGCCUGCCCACCCUCCCCGCCCCUCCCCGCCAUCCUCGCCCACAACCCCUCCCGCCAGCACCUCGCCCGCCACCUCAUCGCCAGCCCCCACCCGCUCAGCCAGCUGCUCCUCCUCCUCGACACCCUCGCCAUCCUCCGCAGCCACGCAUCCCAGACCAACUGGGCCUUCUUCGACCCCCCACCCACCGACGGCCUGCCCCGCCCAACGCCAUCGCUCCUCAGCCCCCGCCGGGCCCCCCUCGCCCCGCCGCCAGACCCGGAGCCCGCCGCCUGGGCCGCCCACCUCGUCGAGCUCUACCAGCCCCCCGAGCUCGACCUCAGCCUCCGCUGGCCCAUCCCCCUCCCGCUCCCCCCGCACUCCCCCACCCGGGCCGCCCUCGCCGCCGCCCUCAGCCAGCCGCCCACCCUCAGCCUCGGCCUCCCCGCCCUCAAGCAGCUCGGCCAGACUGCCUGCCAGGAACUCGCCCAGGACCCGCUCGUCAGGCACUGGUGGACCCAGCAUGCCCCCUCCCUGUGGCCAGCAUGCGCCCUCCAGUCGAAGUGCCAGUCCUUCGACGACCUCCUCGCCCUCUGGCCCAGCCUCCACUUCCCCACGCCCUCGCUCUCGCAGCUCUACAAAGUGAGUGCCCAGCUCACCAAGGCCCGGACGAGGAUGCGCCUGGCCGAGUCCUCCGGCCAGCCGGCCCCGAGCAACAGGGCCCAGCUGGCCCGCGCCGCCCUCCUCGGCCUCUUCCACGUCCAUCUCGCCCCGCCCUCGCCCUCCGACCAGGCGGCGAUCGACCGUCUGUUCUCGCAGCCCGACCAGCACCCGCCGCCGCCAUCGACCAAGACGACUGCUAGCCCGCAGAGGAAGCCCCCCAGACCGGCCACAUCCUCCGGCUCGCCCUCCUGCCCCACCCCGCGGACCCUCGCCCCGCCCCGCGCCACUCGGCCCCGGGGCCAGUCGACCUCCUCGGCCAACUCCAGCCACCCCUCCCUGCGCUCCUCCAUCUUCCACGAGCCCCCCGUCCCCGCCGAUCCCCACCAGCAAGACCUCGCCCGUCUGUCGCCCAAGACCCAGCCGUCGUCCAAGCUGCUCGACUUCCGCACCCACAAGCUGCGCCAGUUCUUCGGCCACGAGGUCGACGCCAUGCUCUCCCCCGUCGGCCACCACCACCACCCCCACCAGGACCAGCCCAGCCCGCCCUCCUGCCGCGAAAGCGCCCUCUCCUCCGACUCCCUCUCCCUCCUCGUCCAAAACAACAACAACAACAACAACAACAACAACAACAACAACAACAACAGGAGGAAGAGUGUGAACACCGAGUUCGACGACAUCGACCGCCCACGGAAACGCUCCAGCACGGCGACCAUCGACAUCUCUCUGGCCACCCUAGCCUGUCGCGCCGACAGCCACGACCGAGGCAGCGAGUCGCCCGAGCCGACCACGCCCUACCGACGCCAGCUGACCCGGGUGACCAUCGUCGGCACCUCGCCGACGACGACGCCGACGUUCCUGAGUCUGGACAAGCCGCGGCUGCCGUUCCAUGCGGAGGAGGAGCCGCGCCCGACGACUAGGGGCGACCGGGCGGGGCCGAUCGUCGACGGCCUCGACGGUGCCCGGGGCGACCAUUGGGCCGUGGUGGAUGGCCCGGCUUGCGGGGAGCCGCGGACGCUGAAGCGGCGGACGAAGCUGGAGAAGAUCCUGGGCGAGCCGGUGACGUCGGGGCCGGUGUAUGCGGGGCUGGGGGUGAACGUGGUGACGGAGGUUGUGGAGGACGUGGUGGAGGGGUCGGAUGGCCGGGCGUCGUCGACGAGUGGGGCGGUCGAGAUGGGCCGACAGUAUUCGGAGGGCAGCGCGCAUCGGUCGCCGGCCUCAUGGCACCACUCGCCGGGCUUGCAUGGGCGCACCUCCUCGGCCCAGGGCCCGACCCACCCGCUGGCCAGCUCGGUCUCGGCGCCCCCUCCGACCCGCACCGGCUCGGCGACGGCGGCCGGGUCGCGGCUGACGGGCAAGUGGCGGCUGGACAAGCUGCACCGGUUCCUGGGCGACUCGUCCUCGCCCGGGCCGGGCUGCGCGUCGGACCCGGCCCGGUUCCGGUUCCCCGACCCCGCCCGACACUAUCCCUGGCCGACCGAGUCUACGGCCGCACCCGAGGUCCGCAAACGCCCGUCCAGGUUCAAGCUCGCCCGGCCCUCCCUCGACGCCCCGCCCGACCGACGCAGCUGCAGCGACGACGGCUCGCGGCCCUCGUCCGCCGCCUCGUCGCGCAUCCAUCCGGCCGCGCCCUCGGACACAUCGUCGUCCUGCUCGCUGCGCACGCCGGUGAACUUCGCCAUGUACCCGCUGCGCUCGGCCCGCAAGCUCGAGAAGGUAAGCCCUUUCCCCCCCCCCCCCCCCCCCCCCCCCCCCCUGUUCUGUGAAGAGGGGCUGAUGGUGUGGAUGGCCCGGCAGUUGCUCGGCGAGCAGAUCCCCCCCCGCCCCGCCGCCGCCCUCCCCCCCGACGGCUUCGACUGGUCCGCCACCACCCAUCUGCCGCCAUUCCGCGCCCACGCCCGGCCAUCCAUCGACGCCGGAAGCGAGCGCGAAGACCUGCGCUCCCUCGACCUCGACCGCGACCCCGCCGGCCCCUUCGCCCCGUCCACCUCGCCCAGCGCCGCCGCCUUCAUCCCCGUCUGA